CGAAGUCUCGCUCGCUCCCUCGCCCGCACGCAGUAGAGAUCGCUCGUCGCGUUCGAAGCGUGCGUUCGACUUUCGGGCGGCGACGUACGCGAGUAGCGUGUGUCUUCAUUAUUGAUGCAAAAGUUCCACGAUGGUAGAUCAUAACGAGAAAUUGUUACAGGAGUUGCUAAAGAAAAGUGGAAAUAAUGUGUGUGCCGAUUGUGGAAGCGAAGACCCGGACUGGGCGUCGUACAACUUGGGCAUUUUCAUCUGCAUGCGAUGUGCCAGUAUUCACCGCAGUAUGGGGGCCCACAUCAGCAAGGUAAAGCAUCUUGAACUGGACCGCUGGGAAGAUUCACAGGUGCAGCGUAUGAAGGAAGUAGGAAACACUGCCGCAAAGAACAAAUACGAAGAGAGAGUCCCACCCUGUUAUCGACGACCUACGAAGAACGACCCACAAGUAUUAAUUGAACAAUGGAUACGUGCUAAAUACGAGCGAGAAGAGUUCUGUCAUCCGGAACGGCAGAACUAUCUAUCAGGCUACAUGGAGGGAUUCUUGAUGAAGCGAGGCAAAGAGGACAGCCGUUACCAGCGAAGGAAGUUUGUUUUAAAUGAAAACGAGGAUACUUUGAAGUACCAUGUUAAAGAAAACAAAGAACCUAAGGGCGUACUCAGAUUGUCCGAGUUAAAUGUCGCUUUCGCGCCAGCAAAGAUCGGACAUAUGAACUCCAUGCAGCUAACCUUCAUGAAAGAUGGCUCAACGAGGCAUAUCUACGUGUAUCAUGAGGACCCUGAAGUUAUUAACUAUUGGUACAUGGCGAUCCGUUGCGCUAAACUUCAUCUGCUUCAAGUUGCGUUUCCAUCAACGCCCCAAUCCGAUCUGGUUCUGCGGCUACCAAAGGACUUUGCCCGGGAAGGCUGGCUGUGGAAGACUGGGCCUCGGUCGUCUGACGCGCACCGCCGACGAUGGUUCACUUUGGACAACAGAAAACUGAUGUACCACGAUGAACCGCUCGAUGCUUACCCUAAAGGAGAGAUAUUUAUUGGUCACGAAUCCAAUGGGUACUGUAUCAAAGUAUCGAACACGGGUAACGGUUGCAAAGAGGCUCGUUUCCCUUUCCAUGUGGUGACGCCCGAGCGCACUUACUCGCUGGCCGCCACCACACACGAGGACCGCGCCUGCUGGCUCGCUGUCAUACAGCAGACCAUCAAGCGACCCCUUACACCUCAGGACUCUACUAUCGAAGCUACCCUCGUUCGUAAAAGAACGUCAUCGAAUUCCAUCAGCAUAUUCUCUGGCAGGUAGUUCUGAGGCACCGCGGUAGCUCAGCUCCGGAAUGGUUGUUCCUUUUGUAAUGUAUCACCUCACAACAUAAUCGAAUCUUUUCCAAUUCAAAAAGUACUCUGACAUCCCAUUUUCAUGAUAUUUUUAUAAUCCACUAGCUGUCGCCCGCGACUCCUUCCGCCCGGGAAUAAAUUAAGGUUCCUAGAGGGUUUCCCGGCAAUUAUUCGAAUUGUUCUCGCCGUAAAAACUAUCUUUGAACUUCAAGGACCAUUUAAAAAAAAGAAUUGGCCAUAUUGGUCCAAGCGUUGUUGAGUUAUGCGCUUACCAAAACAUUUUGCGGUUCAUUUUUAUAUUAUAGAUUAAUAUUACAGUUAAAAGUUUGAUUUUCCAAUAAAUUCCCGCCUUUUCUUUUUAAUACAAUAUGCCUAUUCUUUAUCAUAAAUGAAAUGUUAUACAUAAACUUUUUUUUUUCAAAUCGAUUUUUUCGAAACGAUUCGAUAAUGUUGCCUGAAUUUAAUUUUGUUGUUUUAUUACGCCAGACAGGAAAAAAAAAGUAAAAUAUUUUAUUUGUUUUUACAAAAGGGAGUAUACUUUAAUAUUUAAAUUAUUUAAAAUAUUUUCUUUAACUUAUACAAAUGUAGUGUUAUAAUGAAAGGGACUGAAUCUAUAAUUUAUGUGAGUAAAUUAUUAUUUUUUAAUUAAAAUGAAUGUUUGUCGUAUAAUCUUGAUGUAUUAUAUGAAGAGAAGUUUUGCUACAU